AUGAUCUCCCGUCGAAACCACGAUGAUUCUGGUCACCAUUACGUGGAUCCUUCACUUCAGCUGAACAUUGGACUAUGGACACUCUUCGCUGGCGCAUCGCUCUUCCUCGCGCUUCGGAUAUGGAUCAAGAUCACUCGUCGCCAUGGUCUCUGGUGGGAUGAUCAUAUUCUCCUUAUCUCAUGGGUCAUACUAGCUGUCAACAACUCCAUAAUAACCACCGAGUUCGCCACGGGCUAUGUGGCAGACAAAUGGGACGAUCGCAUGCACAUACUCAUCAACAUUACUUCCUGUGGAACCCUGAUCAACCAAUCCCUCACGAAAUCGGCUUUCGCUGUCACUCUACUGAAGCUGACAAAGAACUGGGGUCAAUGGAUACUAUGGUUCAUCAUCGGCAGUAUGAAUGCUUACAUGGUGGCCAAGGUCGUUCUACAAUGGGCGAAGAUCUGCGAGAAGCCAUCCUACGACGUCUGGUACCGCCUCGACUUUUGCCUCGACGGGAAAUUCAGAGACGAUUUCAAGGAAGGUGGCAAUGUUUACAACAUCAUCAUGGACUUUAUACUCGCUGUCUUCCCCUGGGUCAUCACAUGGAACCUCGACAUGCGCAGAGUGGAAAAGGUUGGGCUUUGCGUUGCUAUGAGUCUGGGAAUGUUGGUCGCAGUCGUUUCCGCUGUACGUACAGGUUGGAAAGACGAAGGCAACGAGAAGGACGAGUGGUACUUUUGGCGCAACGCGCACUCCAACAUCUGGUAUUCCUCUGAGAUCGUCGGCACCAUCAUUGUUCAGUGUAUACCUGUCUUGAGACCUCUUUUGCGGGACAUCAAGACUUCUCUUACUUCAAAGAAGCUUGCGUCCACUGCAGAAGGGACACAACGACGCAGCCGAGUCCCAUCUCUCUUCGGUUUCGGUUUCGGCCCUGGCCCGACCAUCGGCACUAAAUCUACACACAAAGCGCACAUCUACUCCAAUGGACGAACUACUGUUGACACGAAAAGCGAGGCCUAUCCCGACUCGUGGGACACUCAGGGUAUCUACCAGAAGAGGGAGUUUGAGCUAACUACUAUGGAGGUCAAAGCGCAGAAGAACCAAGAAAUGGUGUAG